AUGGACAUAUCAUCUACUGUUUUGGCAAAGCAAACGCACAGACCACCUGGCAGAGCGUCGAGGCGACACUGCGAACACCAGCAUAAGCAAUGCCGUGUCGUGGCAGGGCGAGCCAACUAUCCGCGCGUCUUCGGUCUGGCGCUGGGCUGUCUGUUCCUUCUGCUCUUGCUGAGCCUGAAGAACCUCCCGCUUCUGGUGCUCGACAUGCCCUCGCUGACCAUGACUGGGACUGAUACUGAACCCCCACCAGUGACUCUACUCAUAUGGUGGCUACCAUUCGGUAACAAAUACCCCAUGCCUGAUUGCGCCUCAAACUAUGGUAUUCGUGGUUGUACCGUGACCGCGGACAGGGAUGCGUACGCGCAAGCCGAUGCCGUGAUCAUUCAUAACAGGGAGCUGAUGUCAACCUGGCACGAGUUGCCUGAGCAACCGCGGCCUUCUCGGCAAAAGUGGAUCUGGAUGAACUUCGAAUCCCCCUCUCACUCAGGAUGGCUGGAGGAAUAUGAUGGAGUCUUUAACCUCACCAUGUCUUACAGGAGAGGUUCUGACAUCUUCCUUCCAUAUGGCUACCUGCAGCCCCGCCACAGAAACGACCCUCACGAGACACAACACGCCGGUAAACUCAGGUUUGGCAGAAAACGCAGGCUGGUAGCUUGGAUUAUAAGCAACUGGAACGAGAAUCAAGAACGGGUGCAGUUUUACCGGCAGCUAAGCCGUUACUUGCGCGUGGACAUUUACGGUCGUAGUGGCUGGCAACUUUUUAAUGACAGCGUGAUACAGACUGUGGCCCAGUACAAGUUUUACUUGGCCUUUGAGAACUCGGUGCACACGGACUACAUCACGGAGAAGCUAUGGCGAAACGCGUUGCUGGCAGGAGCUGUACCGGUUGUUCUGGGGCCGCCAAGGGAGAACUACGAACGUUUCUUGCCAGCAGAUGCUUUCAUCCAUGUGAAUGAUUUUCGUAGCCCGCGUAGACUCGCUGCUUAUCUUAAACACCUGGACCGAAACCCGUCUCUCUAUAGCCGCUACCUGGCCUGGCGGCGGGACUACACCGUGCACGUUACAUCGUUCUGGACGGAGCACUACUGUACCGCGUGCCGAGCUGUGCAGGCAAGCCAGCAUCAGACGAAAACCGUCACUCACCUUGCUCUCUGGUAUCAGGCUUGA